AUAAACGCUGCCAUUGAAUUUAGGUUUGUAACUUGUAAUAAAACUUAGUAGGGAUGUAAUCAAACAUGGCUUCUGUAAAACCGGAGGAGAAAGGAAUAGAUUUGUCAAUAACGCAGGAUUACAAACUCGCGAAAGACAACGAGUUACGAUUUGAAGUUGAAUCAAACGCGCGAGUGAAAUUGGAUCUUCUUGAGGGAAGCGCGGAAGUGUUUGGGACAGAACUUGUCAGAUCGAGAUCGUAUAUAUUUGAAUCGGGGGCAAAGAUCGCUGUCUUCACUUGGUUUGGAUGUUCAGUUAAACUAUCAGGGAAGGUGGAAGCCAGUUAUGUAUCGAAGGACACACCCAUGGUUAUCUACCUCAACACUCAUGCGGCCGUCGAGCAACUAAGGAAAUCUGCGGAGCAAGAUGAUAUCCGAGGCCCUCGUGUGUUGGUAGUCGGUGCGCAAGACGUGGGGAAGACGACAGUUUGUAGGUUACUGUUAAACUAUGCUGUCCGUCUCGGUCGGAAAACAACUUUGAUUGACAUCGACGUCGGACAGGGUGGUGUCUCGAUACCCGGUUCAGUUGGUGCGUUAACCGUCGAGCGACCUGCUGACCCCGUAGAUGGGUUCGAUCUAAAGGUACCGUUGGUUUACCACUUUGGACACACUGCACCGAAUGGAAACAUCAAGCUAUACGAAACAUUGAUAUCAAGACUUGCCGAUGUUUUUAAUGCUAAAUGUGAUUACAACAAACAAGUGAAACACAGUGGUUGCAUCAUUAACACAUGUGGCUGGGUGAAGGGUCAAGGUUACCAAUGUAUUCUACACACUGCACAAUCGUUUGAAGCCGACGUUGUCCUUGUUCUUGAUAGUGAACGUUUAUACAAUGAUUUGAAACGGGAUUUACCGGAUUUCGUUAAUGUUAUACUUCAACCCAAGUCUCCAGGUGUUGUUGAGCGACCGCGUGAGGCAAGACGGGACAACCGUGAGAAUAAAAUCAAGGAAUAUUUCUACGGGCCACGAAAGAUAUAUUUUCCUCAUGCUUUUAAUAUUAAGUUCAGUGAAGUUGAAAUUUAUAAAAUCGGAGCUCCGUCGUUGCCGGAUUCAUGUUUGCCAUUGGGUAUGGAACCAGAAAACACACAAACGAAGCUUGUCCAAGUAACCCCGGGUCGUGACAUGACACAUCAUAUAUUAAGUCUAAGCAUGGCUGAAUCACUUGAUGAAAACCUCAUUGAAACAAACGUAGCGGGGUUUGUUGUUGUAACUAAUGUUGACCCCGAUAACCAGGUGUUCAGUGUUUUGUCCCCAGCGCCCAGACCUUUGCCAAGAAAAUACUUUUUAAUAAUGGACAUUCGGUUCAUAGAUAUUAAUAAAUAAUGCGGACUGUUUUUAUUUCUUAUGUACAGUUGAAAUAAACGAAAAAAAAUACUUGUGUUAUAA